UUUACAGUAAAAUUUAUCUUGUUCAGCGCACAACACGAAAACAACUCGCAUCGUCCGCGUCGUACCGAUUGUGUAUUUCCACUUUUCUCCCAUUUUUUGCUCAAUUCCAAUCAUCUUUCGCAUCCAAAAUGGGCGACAACUUUGGCAUUCACCGUGGGCAGGGCAAGAAGGUGUCCGAAAUGGUGGAAGACCGCACCCAGGGACAGGUUUUGAGCGACUUCAUGAUGCAGCUGGAGGACUACACGCCGACGAUUCCCGAUGCAGUCACCUCCUUCUAUCUAAACUCGGCCGGUUUCGAGGGUGCCGAUCCCCGAAUCGUCCGGUUGAUUUCGAUUGCGGCCCAAAAGUUUGUGUCGGAUGUUGCCAACGAUGCGCUGCAGCACUGCAAAACGCGCACCAACAGUGCGCCGAGCUCCGGGCACGGGUCGUCCAAAAACCAGAACCAGAAAUCGUCCAAAGAUCGCAAGUACACGCUCACGAUGGAAGAUUUGCAGCCGGCACUGAACGAUUACGGCAUAACUGUUCGCAAAGCGCACUAUUUCGUCUAGACAGGGAAGGAGGUUUAGGGUGUGUGUGCGUGCAAAUUGCCACUGGAGGGGGAAGGUUGUGCAGGUUGGAAGGGGGAGAGGGAAUUACAAAAAAAAAUGUAUCUUUAUAAUAUCCUUUUAAAGAGAAAAUGGUAAAAUGCUAACGAAAUAAUCAAUUUGAUGUUAAUUUGAGGAAAAAUAAGUAAUAAAGUGAUUUUCCAUUAACUAAGGGUA